AGAAACCUCCCACUGCUAGACUUCAUUUCCUGUGUGUCUUAUGAAGUUCACUCUCUGAAAAUCAUUUUUCUGUCGGGUCGGUAAAAUGGAAGCAAUCUAUGAAAAUACAGAUUUCAAACAUUCGUCAAUCAACAAACACUCUCACUGCAAAGGUAGUCCCACAGUUCAUCAGGAGAGAGCUGUUACUCCGUCUAAAGGGACUAAAGUUCUCCUGAUAGUUCUCUGUGUCUCUGUUGUUCUUGCUGUUGGGGGUCUUUGUGUUCUGGGGGUCCUAUAUUUUAAUCAGCGUGCAGAUUCUGAAUCAUGGAAAGUACAGUACAACAUGGUCUUAAUGCAGCUGUCGGAUCAAGACAUUAACAACACAAUCAUGGAGAAAAGUCUUAAAGAACUUACAGCCAAUUUCACCACAGUCCGAGAUCAACUGUCAUUUUACACAGUUUUUGAAAGAGAGCUUCUUGAAUUCAAGGACAAGUUUGACAGACUUAGAUCCUUAUUUUACAGCGCUCAGUUUUGCCAUCUUUCAAAGGAUGGUUGGACAGUUUGUCGUGGAAUGAUUUACUUCAGUGCUGAUAAACAGAACUGGUCAAAGAGUCGUGAUGUGUGCAUUUCGAAAGGAGCCGACCUGGUCACCAUCACAAGCCAAGAAGAACAGGAUUUUCUGGUGUCUAAAAUUAAAGAGACUCACUGGAUCGGUCUUAAUGAUCUGGACACUGAGGGCCGGUGGGUUUGGGUUGAUAACCAAACUCUUGAAGAGACAGGAGUAGAGUUCUGGUUCGGAUCUGGGCAAAAAGAACCUGAUAACUGGAAAGUUGAGGAUCCGUCCGGAGAGAACUGUGGCAGUCUGGGAGACAGCAAUGGCAAUUUACACACAUGGUUUGAUGGUUCUUGCAAAAAGCAGAAAAAGUUUAUCUGUGAAAAAAAAAAUUAAUUUACUUCCAGAUAUAUAGAAAAAGAGGCGUUUUGUAAGCCCAGUUUAUUAACACAAAACACAAAUAUCCAUUUUUGAUUAAUGUCCGAAUAAAGUUUUUCUUCAAAACA